AUGGACACACUAGACGCUAAAAUACGGUAUACCAUCGAUAGUGGAGAACCCGAUUUCUGGGAGAAGUAUUUCGCGAUAGAUGUAAAUAGUGGCGCAGUGAGACAACUACUGCCAGUAGACACUAGUAUUGCGAAGAGGUUCCAGUUGGUUAUAAGGGCUGAAGAAGUAACCGAAGCAAAGAGAUUCACCACCGCCAAGCUAACGAUAACAGUGAGACCGGUAGACGCUAAUCCUCCCGAAGUACAAGUGUCAUCAGACGAGGGUCAAGUGGAAGAGAACUCGCCUAAAGGAACCAAGGUGUUGGAUUCCAACGGGAUGCCUAUUAAGCUGAGCGUUACCGACGCAGACUUGGGUCCAGGUGAUCCCAUACCGAGUUACACCUUCGAGCUGACCACGAACUUCUUUGACAUCGACAACGAUGGUAAUCUCGUCGUCAGCGAUGAAAAUCUCGAUCGGGAUCAACCCAACCUGGGCAAAUUUAGAUUUCAGGUGGUGGCGAGAGAAGCGAAUGGCGGCGCCGCUUCUGCGCCAUUAUCUUUGGCAGUACAACUGUUGGAUCAAAACGAUAACGCGCCAGUCAUACCGAAGACCCAACCAAUCACAGUGCCCGCCAGUUUGGAACCUACUUCAGUUUAUAAGGUGGAGGCGACGGACAUUGACGAGGGUGAGAACGCACGUAUAACGUACAACAUCUACCACGUGUCUAACAAUGGUGGCAACAAGUUCACUAUAGAUCCUAACACCGGCGUCAUAUCUAGCACCGGUCGAUUGCAAGCUGGCGAACAAUAUAGUGUCACAGUUCGUGCGACAGACGCUAAAGGGCUCAGCUCUCAGGGCAUCGUGGAAUUAUCAGUAGCGCCCGGACCAAAUACUAGGCCUCCACAGUUCUCGUCCAGGGAUUAUUACGCACCGGUAUCAGAGGGAGCUGCUAUCAACUCGACGGUUACUACAGUUACGGCUAAAGAUCCCGAGAACGAACCUGUGACGUAUUCAAUUGUGUCAGGCAACGAUCUCCGUCAGUUCGCCAUCGGGUCCACUACGGGUAUCAUCACCGUUAUCCGAAGGUUGGAUAGAGAAGUCCUCACCAGAUAUCAAUUGAUGGUCAAAGCAGAGGACCCUGGGAAAUUAGCCAGUACAGCAACUGUUAAUAUCAAAGUCACCGACAUAAACGAUAACAAUCCAAAGUUUGAUGAAGAAUCUUAUGAAUUCCGCGUUAAAGAAGGAGAAUCUGGAGAAUCGGUUGGUUACGUCCACGCUGCAGACAUCGAUGAGGGUGUUAACGCUAUUGUCAGCUAUUCUUUACCGACACAUUUGCCUUUUAGCAUAGACAACGCUACGGGAUUGAUAAGCACUAACACUAAGCUAGAUUACGAACAAACUAAGUUGUACGAGUUUGUAGUAACAGCAACAGACGGAGCUAUAGAUAAGCGUUUGGGAACUGCGUCGGUCACCGUGCAAGUACAAGACGUGCCCGAUGAAGUACCGAUAUUCAAGGAAUCUCUAUAUUCCGUACAUGUACCUGAAAAUGUACCCAAUUACCCUGUUGUUAAAGUCCAGGCUGACGAUCCAGAUACCAUGCCUGAGAUAACUUACACUAUCAUGAUGGGCGAUACAGAGUCGUUCUCGAUAGAUCGUAAAACUGGCCUGAUUAGGACUCUGAAACCUUUGGACAGAGAGACGAUGGCUCGUCACGAAAUCAUAGUGGGCACUGAAGAAAAUAACAGCGAUUCGCCGCAAUCCACUACUAUGGUCGAGGUCUUGGUUGAUGACAAGAACGAUAACGCACCUAUAUUCACGUCGGUAGUCCGGCCAAUCACGAUUGAGGAUUCCUCGUCCAUAGGCAGCUUAGUUCAGACGGUAAUAGCCGUCGACGCGGAUUCUACAUCGCCUAACAAUAGAAUACGCUACAAACUAGUAGGACGUGGAAAGGCGUCCAAAUACUUCCAUGUGGAACCUGAUACUGGAGCCGUUAGAGUCAGAGAUGAUUUGAGGAAGGAGACCGAUAGCGAAUACACGGUUGAUGUCCAAGCUUAUGAUCAGGGUGAACCGGUGAUGUCAGCCGUGACUAGUCUCACCAUCUACGUCAGCCAUUCUGCUACUGUGCCACCCGAUGUGGGUCUUGGAUUUGCAGACACUGUAUACACGGAACAUGUAGCAGAGAACUCUCCUAACGGGACAUUGGUCCGUGUGUUACCACUGCUGAAUAAGAGAGAACAUUCACCAGAUAUACCACUCAAGUGUCUACUCACUGAAUCCUCACAAAAAGGUGUAUUCUACGUUAGAUUGACAGAAGAAAGAGAUUGCGCGAUAUACCUGAACACAAGUUCAUUAGAUUACGAAGCCAUAAGCGAGUACUCAUUGGAAGUACAACUUGAAUCGAUAAAAGGGCUGAUAAAUCCUGACAGCAGUAGAGCGCUUAUAAAAGUUCACGUUACGGAUGUCAAUGAUAAUGCACCAGUAUUCACGUUCAGAGAGCAGUCCAGCAUAGCAGGAGCUAUGGGGAAGUACUUCGCUAUCGUUACUAGGGAUAUGUUCUUAGAUACCAACGUAUUGCAAGUUAAGGCAAAAGACAAAGACAGUGGUUCUUACGGUAAAAUAGAAUACCAGAAGCACUCUUGGCCGAAAGUAGUGGAAGAGUACUUCAGCCUCGACGGCGACACGGGAAUAAUUAGGAACAUCAAAACAUUCGAUCAUCUAUCACAGGAAUUGUUACCGUUCAAGUUCUCUGUGACAGCGAGAGACAAUCCUAAUUCACCUCAGGACUAUAAUUUGGCGAGAGCAUCUGUUGUGAUCAAUCUUCUUCAAAAAGAGAAUCAGUUAGUUUUAGAGGUAUCGAAUAUAAACAAUGACGUCAUGAGCCGUCGAGCUCGCAGCGUUCUCACUGCUAUAGAGAAAGAAAGCGGUUUAGUUGCCGGGUUAGAAAAACUCACAGAUAGACAUUAUCUGGGCGUUAAUAACACAUUGGAAAGUGAUAGCAAAGGCACUGAUAUAUGGUUGUAUUUGAUAGAUCCUACCACUGGAAAGAUACUGACAAGGGACUCGAAAUCUGUUCAAGCGGCGAUCGAUGAAGGAAAAGUGGACAAAGCGGUAGCAUCGAGCUUGCAAUCGCCUGUGAGAAAAGUUCGUCCACCUUUGAUAGCACCGGAACAAACAAAGCGGCCGACGCAGGUGGCCACUGCACCGCUAGCUACAGCGCUACCCGCUGCUCUGAUAGCGCUCGCAGCGCUAGUUUUGGUGGCCGCUACAGCUGCCACUAUAUACAUAUGCGCUUCAUGGAACAGGUAUAAGAAACAUAAAGAGCAAGCGAUCCAACAGUACGGCACGCUCAGUAUGAGUAUGCCGCCGCCGCGGCCACCCUCCGGUUACGAAUCAAGCGAAGACGAGCCCGCACCGAGAUACGAAACGCAGGUGCUAAAUAUGGCAGUUGAUGAUGCAGAUUUGCAGUUAGAUUUUAGUCCAAAUAACCAUGCUUUCAACAUUCAUAGUGUGCAGUAUUUAUCCAAAGAUAAUGGAGAACGCAGUCCAACACUUUCUGAAACAGCAACUACCGCUCGAGCGUCAAGUGUUAACGAAAACAGUGGAACACUAAACAACAGCACAUUCGAAAAUGUCGCUAACAACUCAACCAUUGCGCGGAACACGCAAACACUAAAUAGACGUGUACCUAACAACCACGCAUUGAACAAUUCUCUAGGCACGUUACCGAGAGUCAAUAAUAACAACACGGGUAGUGGUCUUCUAGCAGCAACUCUAGGAAGAAAAAUCAGUAGUGGUAAUAAUCAUAAGAAGAAAGCGACCCAACCCAUUAUGGCUUACGACGAUAUUCCUGGCUUACAACGAGCCUCCGAUAAUGACAACGUCACAUUUGGUAAAAGAAACUUCAUUGGAUACGCUUACGACCAAUCACCCGUAGAAACAACCACAGAACUAUAG